AUGACCACGAAGAUUCGUAAAAGAAUAAAGACAAGGGACUCUCCGACGCCCGAACCGGACCACCGAGGCUCGCAACUCAACGGCAAACAAACGUCGCCAAAACACACGCACCACAGCAAGAAUUUGAAGUCCUCGAAAAAGUCCGCCAGCAAGAAAAAAACCUGGAAAGAUUCGCGACGCAUUGUGUUCUCCCUCGGUGCGAUCCUGGGAUUGGCCAUUGCAGUAUACGCAGGUGCAGUGGGUGGAAAGUCGAAUGCAGCGAUUUUCGAGAAUUUCGUCAACUUCGAGUCGCUCCAGGACUACGUCGACGAUUGGAAAGACGUGCUGCCCCAAAGUGUCACAUCGCUGAUCUCGGACUUCCAACAGCGCAGCGCGCAUGCAACCUCUAUGAAGGACCUCACCGAAAGUUUUGCAGUCGGAAAGCAGCUUCGCCGAGAACUAAAUUUGCGGGACAAACACCCUGUAAUCAUGGUCCCUGGUGUCAUUUCUACAGGAAUAGAGAGCUGGGGGCUGUACGGUGACGAUGAAUGUUCGUCUGAGCCACAUUUCCGCAAACGGCUGUGGGGGUCUUUCUACAUGCUCAAGACCAUGGUCCUCGAUAAGGUGUGCUGGUUGAAGCACGUCAUGCUGGACCCCGAAACGGGGCUGGAUCCUUCUAACUUCACCCUGCGCGCAGCGCAAGGGUUUGAAGCGUCGGAUUUCUUUGUAGCAGGAUACUGGAUUUGGAACAAAGUACUACAAAACCUGGGAGCAAUUGGGUAUGAUCCCAAUAAGAUGGCCACGGCCGCGUACGAUUGGCGUCUGGCGUACCUGGAUCUGGAACGCCGUGACAGCUACUUUUCUAAGCUUAAGCAAAAAGUUGAGCUCGACUACAAGCUUACAGGCGAGAAAGCAGUGCUGGUGGGCCACUCUAUGGGCUCUCAGAUCAUUUUCUAUUUUUUGAAAUGGGUUGAAGCAGAGGGCCCACUUUAUGGAAAUGGCGGUCCUGGCUGGGUUGAAAAAUACAUCGACUCGUUUGUCAAUGUUGCAGGCACGCUUUUGGGAGCGCCCAAGGCUGUCCCUGCCUUGAUCAGCGGGGAAAUGAAAGAUACCAUCCAGCUCAAUGCCCUGGCCAUGUAUGGUCUAGAGAAGUUUUUCAGCCGAAAGGAAAGACUUGACAUGAUUCAAACCUGGGGCGGUGUGCCCUCGAUGUUGCCCAAGGGCGGCUCGCUCAUAUGGGGCGAUCAUGACCUUUCUGUGGAAGACUCGUCACGCAACUCGACUUUGUCUUAUGGCAACUUCAUCUCGUUCGAAGACAAAAACGAAAACUCAUUCCACCAGAACGGGUUCACUAUGACUGAAGCGAUAGAUUUGCUGAUGGAAAUCUCACCGCCCUGGCUACGUAAGCGUGUGGACGACCAGUACUCUUUUGGGUAUGCCAAAUCUGGACGCGAAAUGCAGCAAAACGAACGUCACCACUCGCAUUGGACCAAUCCGCUCGAGGUGCCACUCCCAAAUGCGCCGAAUCUCAAGAUCUACUGUAUCUACGGUGUUGGGAAUCCCACGGAGCGCGCUUAUGUCUACAAGCAGGACAGAGAGAACCCGGAUUUGAAUUUUACCAUCGAUUACGAGCAUCAAGAGCCCGUGUCUUUCGCGGACGGCGAUGGCACCGUUCCUCUGGUGACACACGCCAUGUGUCAAAAAUGGGCACAGGGUCAGAGUCCUUACAACCCGGGGAACUCGACCGUGAAGGUCAUUGAGAUCAAGCAUCAGCCUGACAGGUUUGAUAUCAGAGGUGGAGCGAAGAGCGCUGAGCACGUGGAUAUCCUGGGCAGUGCCGAGUUGAACGAAUACGUUUUGAAGAUUGCCGGGGGAGUCGGCGACACAAUCGAGUCGCGUGAGAUUUCCAACAUGUCACAGUGGGUGAAAGAGAUGCCUUUUCCUAUGUAG